AUGCGGUAUCUCCUCUAUAGUCUCCUCCUGGUGGCCCCGAGCCUCGCCGCAGACCUGUAUGUCUCGACGUCCGGGUCCGACGACGCAUCGGGCGACAUCGACUCGCCGCUGCAGUCGAUUCAGGCCGCCGUCGACGCAGCCACCGCGGGGACCACCAUCUACCUGCGCAAGGGCACCUAUUCGCCUUCGAGUAAUAUUCAGAUCAAAAAGAGUGGUUCUUCAGGAGCGGCGUACGUCGUUCGCGCCUACGAGGGCGAGAAGGUCGUUAUCGACGGUGAAGACCUGCCGGGCACACCGGCUGAGGUCGGCGGCUCGCUGGCCAACAAGGAUCGAGGCAUCUUUCAUAUCCAGGACGCCGAGUACUGGGAGUUUUACGACCUCGAGUUCAUCAACGGGCCGUACGGCGUGUAUGCCAGGGACGCCUCGAACAACCACUACGAGCGGAUAAUCACGCGCGAGAACUACGAGACUGGUUUCCAACUCGAGGGUGCAUCCGCCAACAACACGGUGCUGUACCUCGAUUCGUACGGUAAUCGGGAUCCUCGCAAGAACGGCGAGAGUGCCGACGGGUUCGCCUGCAAGGAGGGCGAGGGAGAGGGCAACGUACUGCGAGGUGCCCGACUCUGGAACAACGUUGACGAUGGACUGGACCUCUGGGAGUUCAAAUCCGGCGUGACCAUCGAAAACACCCUGUCUUGGGGCAAUGGGUAUAACAGAUGGGGUUUCGAGCCUUUCGAAGGUGACGGCAACGGCUUCAAACUGGGUGGCGGCGACGAAAAAAGACCGGCUAAUCACGUUCUCACCAACUGCAUUGCCUUUGGAAACUCGCAUGACGGAUUCACCGACAAUUCGCAGCCCGGCGACUUCACUCUAAAGCGCAACACGGCCUGGAACAACGCUGCUAUAGGCUUCCGGUCCCAGACAGCCGUAUCCACGUUGACGGGCAACAUUGCGGCAGCCAACGGCGAAAAGCCGACCUCUUUAAGUGACAAACAGGUUUCCGAAGGGAAUUCAUGGGACGGCAGUGGCAGCUGGAGCAACAGUAGCUUUGUCAGUAUCGACGUGAGUCUGGUGCAGGGGGAUCGUAAAGCCGACGGAAGUAUCGAGGCCAGCGAUUUCUUGUUGCCAAAGUCGGGAGAUGCCCUUGGGGCCACGACGGAUUGGUCUGCUUGA